AUCACCAUCACUAUCGUCACGUUCAGGCGUAAACAAACAUGGCGGUUGUAUCAAGUGGGCUGGUCUUGGUUAUGGGGAUUAUUUUACGUUUAGGGCUUAUUUAUACACCUCUGGCGCGCCCAGUGUCUGAUAGAGUCGAAGUGUCAACACCUAUGAACUCGUGGAGGCGUGUCACAGAAGGGCUCUACCUCCAUCGCAUGCAACUGUCGCCAUACGAUGGAGAUAUUUUCCAUGAGCCUCCUUUGAGCUUAAUGGUGUAUGACUACGUCACAAAGGCCAUUGACGAGCAAUGGAUACCGCUCUUGUUUAUUGCAUGUGACUUGGUGACAGCCUUACUUCUGGCAGUUGGUGCGAAAAAGUCUGUCAUAUAUAUGGUGGAACAGGAGGCACAGGUCAAGAAAGCAAAGAGUGCUAUGAACAUUACGCUCACCAUGAAGUCAGCAGAUGCAGUCCCAAAACUUGUGUUGGGAGUGUAUCUGUUGUCUCCGUACAGCCUGCUAAAUUGCAUUGGCAUGGCAACAACACUGUUUUCCAACCUGCUUGUGGCUUUAUUUUUUGCCAGUUUUGUUCAUGGCUGGUGGCUUAUUGCGUCGGUUGUACUUGCUGUUGAAACAUACAAGUCAUUUUAUCCAGUCAUGCUUUUGCUCCCUGCCCUCCUUUACAUGCAUGAGGUGAAAAGAAGUUCUAGUCAUCAGAGAACUAGCCUUGUAAUAUCAGCUGCUGUUGUCACCUUCUUGGUCACCCUGAGUGGCCUCCUGUAUGGAUCAUACCUGGUUACCAGCUCCUGGCAGUUCCUCCGGUCUACCUAUGGGUGCAUAUGUGCUGUACCAGACCUGACACCUAACAUUGGUGUGUUUUGGUACUUCUUUACUGAAGUUUUUGAACAUUUUCGGGUAUUCUUUCUCUGGAUCUUCCAACUGAAUGCCUUCGUCUAUAUGGUUCCACUGGGCAUUCGUUUAAGGAAAGAACCACUACUCUUGUUCUUCCUGGUGGUUGCAUUGACUGCAGUUUUCAAGUCCUACCCUAGUAUUGGUGAUGUUGCCCUCUACACAUCUCUGCUGCCCAUCUGGAGACAUGUCUUUCCAUAUAUGAAGCAGUAUUUUCUGGUUGGCUGCAUAUUUGUAUCGUGCUCAGCACUUGCACCACUUCUCUGGCACUUGUGGAUUUUUUCGAGUAGUGCUAAUGCCAACUUUUACUUUGGCAUCACACUAGCUUUCAACACAGGCCAGAUUUUUCUCAUCACAGACUUGCUGUUUGCUCAUGUCAAGAGGAAAUUCUAUCUUGAACAUGGAGACCCCAAGGAACUAGAAGAAAAGGACAUGAAGUUAGAGCUACGCUAGUAGCAGUGGACUCUAGAUCACUUUUUAACUUCACAUGUCAGUGGACAGUUGCGCAUUCAUCACCUUGUGUUUGUUUCAUUCAAUGAUGGCAUUGUAUGAUAUAACAUUAGUAUGUGUGAUGUCUUGUUCGUAUGUUAGAUGCAUCAAAGUGGCUUACUCAAUGUAUGCAUGAGUACUUCAUGAAAUAGUCACACAAGGAGUCAUCUCUACAGCAAGUCUUAAUGCUUACUGCAUGAUUACUUCAAUUUGUAUUAAUUUUUUUUUACAUUACACUCUAUGGUCACCUGUUCUUGUUCAUUACAAGGGCAAUAAUUGACAGUAAGCAUUACAAUGCUACAUAGUGUGUAUACACACUGAAACCUGAUCUCUUUUUCUUUGUUCAGUAAGCUAGUAUUAAAUUGGUGCUUUUUUUUUCAGGAUGUGGCAUGCUUGUUAGUGUUAUUUGUAUGCUGUGAGUUUGCCUAAAUUUCUUUUUGGUAAUUUGGCUGGUUCAGCCAUCAGCGAAGUAAUGGGUCAUAAAUCAAGGGUUGUAACCGAGUGCACAGGACACUUUAAGGCGCCCUGUAGUAGCUUUUCUUCAAACCUGAAACACACUGGAGUAAGUGUGAUGCCUUUCUAUUAAUAUAUUACCAUGGGAAUUUAUGAAAAGGAGCUAAUAUUGCCAUCUCACUAUUCGUGCACAAGUGCGCCCUGGCACCGACAAAGAUGACGACCGGAAUGCUUGAGAUUCCGGAGGCAUCAAGAGAAGAAGACGACGUUCUUGUUGUUGGCGCCUCUCUGGUAUCUUCUCCCGAGUACGUCGCGGUGCAGCUGCUUCUAUAAUAAAGCCCCAGAGCUUUGUGUAUCGCGACAAUAUAAUAAUGCAGAUAUAAAGAGUGCAAUGUUUACUUUUCCCAUUCCUUUAACACAUAUCCUUUCGGCUGAAGCAGGGGCCGUAUUCUGUAACGCUUCGGUUUUCGAAGGAUUCGGUUUGGCGGUGGCGUCACAUUGGGGCGGUCCGUUGACGUAAUGAAAACAAGUGAAAGGACAGAGACCAAUCGGCGCGAAGGUUUCUUUUUGUGGCAGUGAAUGUCACAAACCGAGUAAUAAUAUAGCAAUUUACGAGCGCUUCUUGGUAAAUAAAAAUAAUUUGUUCAUGGUAUUGAUGAGGUUUACGUUUUUCAUCAUGAAACGCGUGUGAGUUGUACUGGCGGUGAGUGACUUAACGAAUUUUGUUUACUUCGGUUGACCCAUUUAUGCCGCUAGGUGGGACGUUGUACGCCAACUUCGCGUUGCGGCCAAAAUACACACUCAAGUUCCUCGCACAGUCGGAGCGCUGUCUCUUUUGAGAAUCUUAAUUGUCGCCUGAAUCCCUCAUCUGUCAUCUCAAAGGCGUCUUGUCGACGUCGAGGUUGUCGCUGUCUAUCACGGAGGCUCGCUAAAAGCACGAUAACAGGCGCCACAGGCACCGCACACGCCGUCAUUUUGCUCCGAGUGCCGCGAUCUCGCCCGUGCACACGGCACGCACAGGCUCUGCACACGGCACACCGCGCUUCGGAUCAGACCGAAGCAGCGCGCGCGGCUUCGCUCCGUAGCAGACGACA